AAAGUACUGGCCUAACAAAAAGAGUGAGAAUUAAAGAAAUGUGUGCGAGCCAAAACAUAAACAAAACUGAUUUCCUGGAGAUAACAGGCAAAGGCAAAGGCAAAUAGUACUACAAGACUAAGUAUAUAUUGUGAUAUUGAGGUGGAAUGGUACAGAAGUGUCAAGGAUGCAUUUGUACGAAUUACCAGCCGACAUUGUACAUCAAAUUCUUAUACAAGAAUGUAUAAAUAUCGAAUCAAUCCUUAAUUUAUCAUCUACUAAUAAAUGUCUUCGUCAUAUAAUAUUAGGGGAUGAUCGAUUAUGGAAAAAGAUAUAUUUUGAUAAUUGGGGGGAUAUAUAUCAAGAUUAUGAAAUAGAUACUAAUACGGGAAUACCUAGUGCGAAACAAUAUUAUGAAUUAUCACUCGGUUUGCAUAGAGCAUCGCAAGCUUUACAUCAUGAUUUAUCAUUAUAUGAAGUUAGAGGUGCUAGAAAUAUUGGUUAUUAUCUUAAUGAAUAUAGUUAUGAUGAUCAUUUUAUUGGUAUAAUACUUCGCAUAUAUAGACAAAAGUAUAAAUUAUUAUUAAGUGAUCUUCGAAGGUUUCAAGAUGUUGAUUUAACUCAAGUAUCUUUAUUGGCAAAUCUUGUUAAUUGUCAUAAUUUUAGAAUUGGAUUAUCAAAUUUAAGUAAUAAUCAUGAUCUGUUAUUGGAAGGUUCAUGGUUUAGAAGUAGUAUAAUGAAUAAUGGAUCUCAAGAUCUUAUUCAUAAUCGUAGAACAAAAUUGGAUAUGGUUAGAAGAAGAUUAUAUACUAAUAUUUAUAACAAAGAAUUACAAUUACAAAAUUCAGAUAAAAUACUAUUGGUCAACAAUAUUUUAAAAUUUAAUGAUGAAUUAACUUAUAUAAAAUUUGUCAUAAAAGUUAUAUCAACUGCAUAUUCAUGUUUUUCAAUUAAUCUGCUUGUGGAUGUAGCAGUAAUGGAUGAAUCAUACUAUGAUGAAUAUUAUAUAGAAGAUUUUGAUAUUUUAAGAGUAUACAGUGAUUUAGCAAAGGGUCAUCCAUUGGUAAUAUUAUCAAUUCUUCAAAAGAUUCUUUUAGAAUUCUUUGCUCAAUUUGAUAGUAUCAUGGUUGAUAAUCAACCGAUAAUUUUCAAAGCUGAAAUCACCAAAUUAUUUCUAAAGAUUAAUUUCAAUACUUAUGUGUUUGCAAGUAUAAAUAGAGGAUCUACUAGACCAUUCACUUUACAAGCAUUUACAAAUAAUGAAAUUGCUACUUAUAUUAGAAAUUUAAACUUACGUCCUAAUAAUAUGCGAGAAUAUUUGCUGCCUAUUGAAAAGUCGAGAUAUAAUGAUGUUGUUAUCAAUAUUGGAGCUUUAGGUUCAUUGCUUUCAUUAAAUACUUGUGUAUUCUUUGAAAGAAGAACUACAUUGUUUUUAAACUCCAAUGAGAUUAAAUUCAAAGAAUUCAUGUGUAAAUUUAUGCUUUAUGAGAGUAUUGGAGGAUAUUCAGAUUUCUUAUUUUGUUCACUGUUUGAAAAACAUCUAAUGAAUUUAAAUAAUUUUAUUCAUUUUGGUACUAUUUAUCAAUUAAUAAAACAGAAAAGAAAUGGAGCAAUUAUUAUGUUAUCAAAUUAUUUUAGACUUAAAAGUGAUAUUGAGCCAGGACAAUUCUUUAUUCGUAAUGUUGAUUUACUUGAUAUUAAUUCGGCUAUAUCAUUUUAUAAAGUUGUUCAAAGUAGGGUAUCAUCAUCGAAGGCAGGAAUGUCUAGAAUAAGUUUUCGAGGUCAUCUAAUUAAACAUUCUAGAUUUAGUACUACUGGUGUUAUUUUAGGGUGUACAGAUAAUACUAAUUCUCAAGAGCCAAGUAAUACCUACUAUUAUGUAUAUACUCGGGCCAGAUCAGUUGAAGUAUAUGAUUCCAAUUCAUGUGUUUGGAUUUAUGAUCCGGUAAGAGAUAGAGAAUUAGUAGCAAACUUUGUUGAGAAAGGUGGGAUUGAAAUAAUUGGGCUUUUGUAUUUUACAAAGUUAAGAUAUAUGGAUGGUACUCCAUUUUUUAUUGAGGAUGUUGGGGUAAGCAUGGGUUAGUUUCAGGAUUGCUUUUUAUUACUUAUUUAUAUAGUCAUAUACUAUACGUAGGCAUACGUACGUUUAAUUCUAUUAAUUCUAUUAAUUCUAUUAAUUCUAUUACUUCUAAUUUAGCUUAUAUAUGUAGGGCAU